ACAUUGCUAGAAAAGAAAUCCUCAAUCGUGGUAAAACUAACAUACAUAUAUUAGUAGAACCCUUGUAGCGUUCACUAUUCUGAUCAUAAACUGCAUUCGGAGUUACUCUCUCGCCUCAGUUCGACCAGCCACUCAGAAACUCAAGAGGUUUGCGGUUACCGGGUUUGUGAUCGAAAGAAGUAAUGGCAGUGCAGCAAGCCCCAACUACGAUAGUCCCUCUGAGUGCCAAUGUUGUCAGCAAGGCAUUCGUCCUUCAAUACUACCCCAUUCUGCAUCAAUCGCCGGAGCGUGUUCAUCGGUUUUAUCAGGACAUCAGCAAACUUGGCCGUCCUGAAGAAAAUGGAAUCAUGGGGAUCACCACAACUAUGAAGGCAAUCAAAGAGAAGAUGCUGUCGCUUGAUUAUGGUGAAUUCAGUGCAGAGAUAAGCACAGUUGAUGCACAGGAUUCUUACAAUGGUGGAGUUCUUGUUCUUGUCACUGGAUAUUUGACUGGAAAAGAUAAUGUGAGGCGGAAAUUCACUCAGAGUUUCUUCCUAGCACCUCAACAUAAAGGCUAUUUUGUUCUGAAUGACAUAUUCAGAUAUGUUGAGGAACUCCAGCUCUUGGAUGCAAACCCUGUUCCUGCUAGUGAUGUAGAAGCCCCUGUGGCUGUUGGAGGUCAGAUUGCCCCUAAAGAUGCUCUUGUUUUAGAUCCUACUCCAGAUCAGGAGAAUGAUAUAACUGAGCAAAGUCCGGUGCCUGUGGAGGAAGACGACCAUGCAGAAGUGUAUAAUCCUUCUGAAAAUGGAGAUGUUUCAGUAUGGGAGGAGGAAAUUUUGGCACCUGAGGUUAUUGAUGAAAGUCCUGUUGAUCCAGAGGUAGCUGCUGAGUCUGAUGCUAAAUAUGAAGAUGUAAAGUGUGAAGUCUGGUACGAGGGCUCACUGUCUCCUGCCCCCACAGUUGAGAAUCAGCUUACCAAUCCAAAAGUGACUGAAAAUGAGAACAGUCAAGAGAGUGAAUCCGAUGGUCACUCCAUCCACUUGAAAGGACUACCAAUGAAUGUUACCUUUCUGCAAGUUGAGAGCGAGUUUACUAAGUUUGGACCUAUUAAACGUGGUGGUAUUCAAAUCAGGGCCCAGAAGGGAUUUUGUUUUGGCUCUGUUGAAUAUGAAGAACGGAGUGCUGCACAAAGUGCAAUAGAGGCUUCACCCAUUGCAAUUGGUGGACGUCAAGUUGUUGUUGAGCCAAAGAAGUCCACUGCUCGAGUGAAUAGCCGAGAGCGGUUUCCAUCUGGAAUGCUAAGUGGAGUAUUCAGGAACGAUGGCCCAAGAGGACGCGGGAACUAUGGAGGAGGAAACAGAGGCUACAACAGGGGCGAGAUGAACAACAGGCCUGACUUCGGGAACAGAAAUGGCGGCAGAGGAGGGUACUCCCACCACGGGGAUGGAGGAAACCACCGAGCAGAGCGUCCACAAAGAGGGUUUAAUGGUGGGAACCCACCCAAGAACAUGGUCGCGCGAGUCCUGCUGCUGCUUGAACUCGAGGGACUGCAGAACUGAAUUAGUCUUGUCUCAUUGAUCGAUGCUAUUAUGGGUCAAUGGUGGUCUGGGAUCUUUUUUCUUUUUUUGGGGAUGGGGAUUAUUUACCUCAGAAUUGGGUCGGUUCAUUGUUGUGGAGGUGAAUAGUAGGUGGGAAAAACUUACAUAUAUCAAUGUAGAAGUUCGGGUGGUCGGGAUUUGAAUAGCUAAAAUGAUUUCGAAUUUAUGUCCCUUGUUUUAUUUAUCUUUUUUUUUUUGGCGGUAGGACAAGUAGUAAGAAAAUGCAAUUAUAUGAAUGCUGACGCAUUGACCAUGAGCUGCAUCCAGAACCCUGGAGAGUCACCAAAUGAUUCAUCCCUGGCGGAAAAACCUAAUUU